UAACGUUCCACAAACCAUCGUUUCUAAUUUGCUUUAAGAAACUCUUCAAUUCACUAUGGCGGGAAAACACACAUAAACCUCCUCCUCUCUUUCUCUCUCACAAACACAGACAAGGAGAGAUGUCGAAGUUCGAUUAUCCGAAACUCCCCCGGAAAGAGAUCAUCGGAGUACUCGCUGAAUCACGAAUCGUCAACGUCUCCGAAGCCGAACUCAUCAACCCCAGACCCGAUGUCGUCAACAAUAUCUACACUCAGAUACUCGUUCACCUCGGCUGUCUGCAGGAAGAUUGCGGACUAGUCGAAUUCGCAGACCUAGAACAACUUGAAAACCCCGAUUUGCAUGUUGACUCUGUAAGAAUGAUGAAUUUGUUCAACAAGAUAAGGGGAGUCAUUUCUGCUCUCGACUGCCCUAAGAAUUUCACUCUUAGAGAUCUCAUUAAGCCUGAAGGCGAUCGUACUGAGUUUUUUAUUGGUACUAUCCUUAAUUUUUGCCUUCACAGAGACACAAGAAUGGAACUAAUAAAACCAGUCGUGGAAGAUGUGACAAAUCUUGAUGAGCAACAACAAGCGAUUGAAAAUAGAAUAUCACAGUUAAAUGCAGAAUUACUAGAGUUUAAUGAAUCAAGAGAAAAGGAGAUGCCUCUCAUUCAAGAAGUUGACAUCAAAAUUAAAGAACUGCGCCAAACAAUUUCAUCUCUUAAUAAUCAGCAAAUGUCCCUAAAGGCUACAUUUAGAAAAAAGAAGGAUGCAGUUAAAGAAAUGGAUGAAAAGAUUUCAAGUGCAGAGUUUGCUUUGGUACAAAGUGCUCAAGAAAAUGCAAGUCUGCGUUCCAAAAUUGUUCAAUCUCCAGAUAAACUACAGAGGGCAUUGGAGGAAAAGAAAGGAGUUCAAAUUGAGGCUAAGAACGCAGAAAGAGAAGCAAUGCAGUCUUUUCAUGAAAAAUCUGCCAUCCUUGAAGUCUAUGCAAAGGCUAGCAAGAAAAUGAGCAAACAUUUGAAGCAGAUGCAGGCAUUACAAGAGCAGGUGAACUCAGCCAAACAAGUUGAGAAAGAUGUGAAGGUGUUGAAAGUUAAGAAUAGUGAUGAUGGGGUGUUGGAUAAAUCACUUGAAGCCAAAUUAUUUGAACAACAAGGCAGAGCGGACCAAUUAGAGGAACUACUACAACAAUUAGAAAAAGAAAAGGAUCUUAAGUGUGAAGAGGCUUCCAAAGAAUUUAAUAAUGUGAGAUCACAAGUGGAAUAUAAUAGACAUGGAUUGGAACAAAGGCAAAAAAACAUAGAAGCUCUGGUUGCAGAGGCGGCUGCUAUAAAUGAAAAGAUUAAGGUGGAGAAUGAUUCAGCAACAGCUAAAGAACAAAUAUUAUUCGGUAAAUGUGAAGAGAUUACUAAAGAGUUUUUGGAGUACACAAAUUCUACUGGGCAGUUGCUUUCAAAGAUUGGGGAAGGAGCAGAUGGGUUGGCAAACUGAUGGAUAUUUUAUGUUUUAAUGAAUCUCUAUUAUUUAUGGUGCUUUAUUUCUUUUAAAUGUUCAUGGAACUCAAGUGACAAUCUCUUAAGUUGUAACAGAGAUUGAAGAGCUUAUUAUGUUAUCUCUAAAGAAACAUGUUUACUAGUGUUUUUAACUUGGUUUA